UCGCAGACCGAAAGCGCUCGCGAAUUGCGCCGCAACUUUUACUGCGAAUUGUGUAGCAAAGGCUACGACAGAAUCACACAACUCGAAGUCCACGAAAACAGCUAUGAGCACCAACACCGCAAGCGUAUGAAGGAGAUGAAGCAAAUCACCAGAAACCCCACCGCCGCUGUUCGCAACUCACGCUCCGAGAAGAAGCGAUCAGAAAACUCCGACAUGAUCAGUCUCAACCUGAACAAAGACAGAUCAGAUGGUGUCAAGAGGGGGUUCAAG